AGAUUGUUUUGUAACACUUUUUCUAAACUUGUCCAAUGAGAACAGCUGCUUGGUGUCACGUGACACAACUUUUACAUAACGGUUUUUUUCUCUUCUUCUCCUUGGUCCAUUGAGAAUCGCAUCGGCGCUUCCUGGACUUGACCAGGAACAUGCAGUGCAGUCAGUACUUAAUAGCCGGAGACGCAGACGUGCAUGGCAGCUGCGGAACCGAACAGUUAUACGCCACAUGGAUGAAGGCAUAGACUUCAAAUAGCCUGCGCUGCAUGGUGACCGAGAGCGAGAGUAUGCUGCACCUUGCAGCAGAAGCUUUCCAGUCGAAAAACUUUGACUUGGCGGCGGAUAUCUAUGAGUGCCAGCUGGGGUGUCUUGGAGAUCCGGGGAGCCGGCUGGAGCUGAUGGUGAAGCGGGCUGACGCGCUCGCGUUCGGGGGCAAGAUCAGCGAAGCCUUCGAGGCGUACCGCCAAGCAUCGGAGAUAGAGAAACUUGGACCUGUUCACCUGGCCAACCUCAUAGAGUACCUGUCGGACAACAUCAGGAGACAAGACCGGGGUGGGAGUCAACACAGCCCGCGGACCGGGAGGGUGUCUGGGUGCACGGGUGAUGGAGCCACAAGUGGCGGGCGUGAAGACGUCUCCUGUGGGAUAUGUCUGAGCUUUCUGUACGAGCCUGUGACUUUGCCGUGCGGACACUGUUUCUGUAAGAAAUGCCUGGAGAGGGAGAGGAAAGAGAAGGAGCGGCCGGUCGUGUGUAAGGAGUGCAGGGACAGCUCCAGAGUAGCCGACGUCCAGAGUUACCGGGUGAACGUGGUUCUCAGCAACCUGCUGGCCAAGUGGUUCCCGUCCCUGUACCAAGCCGGCCGGCUCAGGCGGGAGGGAAACGGGCUUUACGCCGAGAGGAAUAUGGAAGCUGCGCUGGAGAAAUAUAACCAAGCCAUACUAAUAGCUCCCACAGACCACAUACUGUUCAGUAACCGCUCUCAGAUUCUCUCCAGCCUGAAGCACUAUGAGGAGGCUCUGAGGGAUGCUGAGACGGCCUGCAGACUGAUGCCCCUCUGGUCCAAGGGUCAUGUCCGUAAGGCCCAGGCUUUGGUGUCGUUGGGCAGGACGGAGGAGGCUCUGAGAGAGUACCUGGUCUGUUUGUCCAUGGAGCCGGACUGGAAGCUGGCCAAGAAUGAAGUCCACAAGCUGCUCAGUGAUUUCCUGGCUCCCGUCACUGAUCAGGUCCCUGAACACAUCUCCGACUACUCCAGCAUCCUGUCUUCCAGAGUCCACAUCAAAACCAGCAUCAGUGUUCCCUUCCAGACCCUCGGGCCUGGCUCAUUGUCUUCAGCGUCCCGUCUUGCCUCCGCUCUUCCUGUGAUGGGGAUUUCAGAGGGAAGUUUCAGAAAACCUGAGACGAGAAGGAUCGAACACUCUCUUCUGCUCAAACGCAAACGGAGAAGCUCAGACGAGGAUGAGGAGCAGCAGGAGAGGAACGAGGAUCAGAAGAAAUCUAAACUUGAUCCAGCAGAAGGGCCGAAGUCUUCCAGCUCUGUGGUUGGUGACCGGUUGGACCCGACAGAUCUGGAGUGUUCUCUGUGUAUGAGACUUUUCUACGAGCCGGUGACAACGCCAUGCGGUCACACAUUCUGUCUGCAGUGUCUGGAGAGAUGUCUGGACCACAACCCGAAGUGUCCACUCUGCAAAGAGGAACUGUCUGAGUACCUGGUCCAGAGACAGUACUGUAAGACGGUAGUAAUGGAGAACCUGAUAUCUAAGUAUCUUCCCUCUGAGCUCAUAGAAAGACAGAAAAUCCACCAGGAGGAGAUGGCUGAGCUCUCCAACUUAAACAACAACGUGCCUAUAUUCGUGUGCACCAUGGCCUUCCCCACUGUGCCAUGUCCUCUUCAUAUCUUCGAGCCCUGCUACAGACUGAUGAUCCGCAGAUGCAUGGAGACGGGCACCAACUGCUUCGGCAUGUGUCUGGGAGACGACCUGAAAGGGUUUGCAGACUACGGGUGUCUGCUAGAGAUCCGCGAUGUCAAGUUCUUCUCUGAUGGCCGCUCGGUGGUGGACACGAUUGGCAGACGGAGGUUUAAAGUCAUUCAGCACAAUCAGAGGGAUGGAUACAACACGGCUGAUAUAGAGUACCUGGAGGAUGUUAAGGUUGAAGGUGUAGCAGAGCGUGAGCUGCAGUCUCUGCACGACACGGUGUACGACCAGGCACUGGUUUGGGUCAACUCUCUGAAGGCUGAGCAGAAGGAACGCAUAGAAGGACACUUUGGACCCAUGCCUGAGAAAGACUCUGAACUUCAGGCCAGUCCCAACGGUCCCUCCUGGUGUUGGUGGUUACUCGCCGUUCUUCCUUUAGAAGGUCGAGCCCAGCUGCCGUUUCUCGCCCUCACCUCACUGAAAGACCGCCUGAGUGGCAUCCGCAAGGUGCUGCUCUUCAUGGCACAGAGCAGACACCGGUGACAUCCAGCUCCCUUCAUCCUCCCUUAAAGCAGCAGCAGCUGAACUCUUCUUCCUUUCGAUGCACAAAGAACUGAUGUUGUAGCAACGACCAAGAUCUGAAUGAAUGAAUAUCUUCCAUGGGUCAUUUUUACUUCACAUCGCACAGAGAAGCACAAAGGAAGGUGUUGACCUUAAGUAAUGUUCAAACAGGAGGUGAAUCUGAUUUCUUUUAGCUUAUUGUCAUUACAGUUCCCAGGUGUGUCAUGAAGUGUGUUAAAUCAUGGUCCAUCUCAUCACUGUACUUCUUGCAGCACUUGUAAUUUGGUCUAAGUCGAUUCAGCAAAAUUCAGCAGCUUGCAGUUCCAAAACAAACCUUCCUGCCUAAACACAAAGAAGGCAAAUCCCCUCAGUUUAGUAUUGUCCACUGUAAAUGGCGUUCUUUAAAUGAAGCAAUAAUCUCUUUAAAUGUACACAAAUUCUUCAAGAGACCAAACUUUUUAUUCUUUUUGUGUAAAUGCUCUCAAACCCAUUAAUAAAAAGUUAAUAAUAAAAUGUUAAUAAGACUGGAACGUAAUUAGUCAUCCAGGCAUCUUUUAAUUUCAGUUCUAGCUUCAGGUAAAAACCUGAGUGUUCACUCUUUUGCGACAGUCACUGUGUCCUGAGUUUUGAGAGCUUUUCUGUCUUCCAUCUUUCCCCUUCCUCGCCUAUCCAGCUGAAGAACAGCAGACUAAACCUUUAUAUCGGUGUGCUUUAAGGCUCUAAAUCUUGUUUGAGGCAUCUUUUGUUUAAUGUUUUGAAAUAGUUUUCCAUUAUUUAUUAUUUUGUUAUUUAUGCAUGCAGUGAUAUUGUUUACAUUUCAUAAUGAAAGACAUGCCGAGCUGCUCAGUUUCCAAAGACUUCCACAAAGGACAUUGUUCUUCAUUUAAAAUCUGACCUUGAUAUCUGGUUAUCGGUGUGGCUACUUCUGAAACUCUGGGGCAGAUUCCAUCCUAGUAUAGCUAUUUUUAAAAUAAAGUAUUUUGAUUGGCCUGUUAGCUUAUCUGAAUUCCCUCGCUGUCAUGCACAGACAAACUAAAAGAAACUAAAGAAAAAUUAAAUUAUUCCCACUAAAAUUUGGAUUUUCUGUCUGUCUAUUUACUCCAUAUUUUUCCCACUUUUUUUGCACAUCCAUGUUAAGGAAAAUGAUUAUUAUGACGUGGUCAGGAUAUUACACUUAUUCAAAGGUGGUGUGAAUCACAGUGGUAAAUGUGGUCCCUGAAGUAGCCAGCCACAACAAAUAUCUCCAUUCACGAAAAUGUCAUUUACAUACGCUGCGAGUAAAGGCCAGUGCCUUUACUCCUAUUUAUGGAAAGCUGUUCUUCCAAAAAACAAUAGUAUUGCAGGAGAGAUUAAAAGAGAAGAAAACCUCCAAACAUAUCCCAGAAAAAUGUCUUUAAAAAGAAGAAGAAGAAAAACAACUAAAAAUCGAGGCCUUGCUGAUUGUUGGUGACACGAUUGUUUGUGUGGCGAAAGCUAAUCUCUGAAAACUGUUAGAUUGCUUAGCUUUGCUCUUCUGAAAUAUUUUUAUUUUGUAUACAAGUGUUUGAUUUUUACAUGUUUCUAUGUUAAUAAGUUUCUUUGUAUUCUAAUUUUUUCAUUAACUGGUGUCUUUUAUCUGGUGUGUAACUAUGCAGAGUUAUAAGGAAUCAUUUGCAUUUUAGUACAUCGUAAAGGGCCAAAUCCAUGAAAUGCUGGAAUUAGUAAUAAUUUAUUGAUUUGGUAUUGAUCUUUUUUAUUUUACCUCAAUCAUAUGGUUGCAAUAGUACACAAACUGCAAUACGUAUGUAACAUGUCCUGUAAAUAUGGCAUUAUAAUCUGUUGUGUGCUUCUAUGGGGAGAUUGUUGUCUACACAGGUAUUUUACUUACUAACACAUACUUCCAUUUGAUAUUUGCUCUUGUUAUCUUUUGUGAAUGAUACAAAUGAUAACAGGUAAAAUGUUCUCAUUAUUGGUUUCUAACACUACAGGAAAGGGAAUAUCCAUCAACCAAAUACAAUGACACAUCCAGGGUAAGGGCAUAUCUGAGAGAUUUCUAAUCUCUAAUAUAAAUGUGGUUUCUGAUUGAUGUGAACAGAUUGAAGUGAAAGGGAAAAACAAAUAAAAUUCACAUCUGGUCAUCCUA